AUGGUUUUGGAACCAACUCAAGCCGAAGAACUAUUGGAGAAGAUUACUAUGAAUGGAUUAACUUGGUACUCGGAGAGAUCUUCACAAAAACUUAUAGGAGGAAUGCAUGAGGUAGAGAAAAUUCCAGCCUUGUCAGCUAAGGUCGAUAAUGUUGCUUCCAUGGUCCAAAAGCUAGCUCAAAUCACUCUUCAAAAUCAAACUGUGAGUUAUGUUUCUACCCCUACUCCUUUGGGUCAAGCUUUGAUGUGUGAUCUUUGCGGUGGAGGACACAAUUUGGGAAAAUGCCUUAAUGAUUCUAGUUCUCAAUCUCCCAUGGAGCACAUUAACUUGGCUUGGUGGGAUACAAUAGGCCACCACAACAAUCAUUACAACCUCAAGGGGCUUAUAAUCCAAACUCCUCAAAAAAUCAUCCUGGUUUUUCUUGGAGCAAUCCAAUGGGAGCUGCAAAUCCCCAACAUUUUGGCAAUAGAGGACAUCAAGUUUCCAAGGGCAACAAUUCCAAGUGAGGAGAGAUUCAAGCAAGUGAUUGAGAGGUUGGAUCAACUAAGUGCUCAUAAUAAGAUGCUAGAAAACCAACUUGCAAAUCAGGCCUCAACCUCUAGCACCAAGGUCACUGGGAAGUUGACCGCUUAUCCCGAGAAUCCAAGGGAUAAAAUUGAUGAUGUGGAGAUUGAGGAGAAACUUGAGGAAGAAGAAGUUGAGCAAGCUGCUUUGAAGACAAAUCAACAAGACCAUGAUGAGGAAGAGAAGCUCGUGAGAAUGUAUGAACCAUCAUUGCUAAUCUCUCAAAAAUUUCAAAAACAAGUAAAGGAUAGUAGAUGGAAAAAGUUUUUGGAUAUGGUAGAAAAUUUGAAAGUUUUAAUUCCUUUGCUUGAUUUGCUUUCUCAAGUUCCUUCUUAUGGAAAAUUUUUUAGGGAUAUUUUUACUAAAAAGAGGAAAUUUGGGGAUCAUGAGAUGAUUGUUAUGGCACAAGAGUACAGGGCCUUGACACGAGAAGAAGGAAAGAGUCUAAGUAAGCAUAGAGAUCCGAGGAGGUUCAUGAUCCCUUGUGUUAUUUGUGGCCGUACGAUCAAAAGAUCCAUUUGUGAUCUAGGAGCCAGUGUUAAUGCCAUGCCUCUAUCUCUUUGCAUAAAGUUGAAUUUGGGGGAUCCACAACUGGUCCAACUUAUAUUGCAAUUUAUUGAUCAGUUUACUAGGAGCCCCAUUGGAACUCUUGAAGAUGUCCCAAUGUAA